AUGGAUUCAUUCCAGAUCCCAGACUUAUCUGUAGAAAUUUUGGCAGGAAACUCAUCUCAGGAGAAUGCAAGAUCAAGCCAGACUCAAAGAAGGAGUUUUUACGAAGAUUAUGGCAAUCCGGAUGCCUACAAUACCGGAUCUAGGAAUGUUAACUCUGAAGAACUGCCUGACUUGUUUACUAUUUUGCAAAAUUUUGAUAAGACAAUUAAGACUAAUCAAGAAUAUAAUCAGGCACAAUUCAAAAUUCUUGAGUCAAGGAUUUUAGAAAACAGACCACCGAUGACUCCUAGGAGAUUGCUUUCAAUGACUCCAACUGCUCCUGAGUCUGCUCCUAUUAAUACGUUGAUGCCAACUGCGAGUCCUAAUUUUGGGAGUAAUAUUCCGCAAAACACUCAUGUUGCUGGAACAUCGGCCACCAUGAGUGCAGGUUUGAACAAUUCUAGUAAUUUUGCUGGAUCUUUUGCUUUUACUAAUCCAUCGCAGGGACAAGGAGCAAAUGAUUACAUCGCUAGAGAAUUUCAGAAGAUUAAAGACAUGAUUUCGAGCAUUCCUGGAUUUUGCAAUCCAAUUCCUGAAGUCAACCCUGCGUCUUAUCUAAUCAACAGAUAUGGCGACAAGAUUGCGAACGUAAUAAUCCCAAAGAAAUUCCAAGUUCCAAAUAUGAAACCAUAUGAUGGAACCACUGACCCACAGGAGCAUAUUGCACUGUAUCUAGAGAAAAUGGAAAUGGUGCCGAUUCCAUCAAAUUUGAAAGAAGCUUGCUUAUGCAGAAGCUUUGGAUCGACACUAUCUGGAUCAGCCUUAAAAUGGCUGCAGAGUUUGCCUCCUCUAUCUAUUAAUUCUUUCGCUGAUUUAACAAAUUUAUUUUAUAGUCAAUUUUCAUGCAGUAGGACUUUUGAGAAAUUGACUGAUGAUCUAUAUAAAAUAAUUCAAAAACCGCAUGAAUCACUUAGAGAUUUUAUGACUAGAUUUACAAAAGAAUCUCUUAAUAUUCCUAAAUUAGAUAUGUUGACCGCUAUUCAAGUUUUGCAGAGAGGUCUCCAUAAAGGAUCUAAAUUCCAGGAAGAUCUCAUAAUGACGCCAUGCAAAAAUUUAGAUGAAGCAAAAGCAAGGGCGACAAGAUUUAUAAGGCUCGAAGAAAAUGAACUUACAACUUCGAAAUUAGAUGCCUUAUCAUAUGAUCGUCCAAAUUGGAAGGCAGAAACCCCGGUGUUAAACCGAUACACAAACCUUACUCAAGACAUGUAG